AUGAAUCUUCUCACUCCUAGCCAUAUUGUUUAUGAUGUGGUCUUUGCUUGGUCUAUCAAUAUCCCUUGUCAUUCUCGCCAUAAUUUUCUUCCUUGCCUGCAAAAAGAAAACUGUAGCAGAAUCCAAAGAAGCACUGCCUGUAAAAAUCUGUGCUUGUUCAUACCCAGCAACAUCGACACCGAAACAGAGGCUUCAACCACUGAAGAAUCGUCGACAAGGGCUGACUCGAAACUUCGUACGCAAGGUUACUCAGACAAAGAAGAACUCGUAGCGAUCAAAAGAAUUCAUCCUUCGCUUGUUCUGAGCUACGUAGGACUUGUGUUCUCCUCUAUGGUAAAACGGCUCUCAACAGCACAACACCCCAACAUAGUUCCCAUCAUGGGUUCCUUAGAAGAAGUCAACGAGAGAAUCAUAGUGAGUGAAUUGGGCAAGCCUGUAAUUGUAUCUGCAUCAAACCCAAGUAGGUUUUGCUUUUUGCACGAGACAAAGAGGUUGAGAAUUCGCGGUAGGAGCACAAAGAGGGUUUGA